AUGAAAUUCUUAGAAGGACUAGCAGGGUUCACCCAUGAUGACCUGCUCACCCACCUACCUCUCCUUUCUGUUCCAUUGUCCCCCUUAGGAGAGAUGGCACCUGCCAAGACACAGGUUCAGCCCCUGCUGCUGCUCCUGCUGCUGGGGCUGUGGGUGGCCCAGGUCCCGGUCAGUGCUAAGCCCAGUAACAUGACCUCAGCUCAGUGGUUUGAGACUCAGCACAUGCAGUCCAGCCCUCAAAGAUGUAACACCUCGAUAGAGAACAUCAACAAGUACACAAAAAGCUGCAAAAACCUCUUCUUGCAUGAGUCCUUCUCCAGUGCAGCCACCACUGGCCAAACCCCCAGCAUAGCCUGCAAGAACAGCCGUGAAAACUGCCACUGGAGCCAAGAGCCUGUGUCCCUGACCCUAUUAACACAUCUCAGGAAGUACCCAGUCUGCAAGUACAGAGAGGAGAACCUGGAUGCGUUCUUCGUUGUGGCCUAUGACCCUCCACAACAGAAGGAUUACCUGGGUUAUGAGCUGGUUCCUGUGCACUUGGACAAAGUUGUCUAA